UUUUCAAUCGAUUCCACAUCGACAACACAGGGAAACGAAACAAAACACAAAGAAAUGGGCGAACCAGUUACAACUGAACCACAACCGACCACCAUGGCUGUGGCCGUACUGUACAAGGAGAUCGCGGAGCUGAAAAAGGGUAAGCUCGAGGGCUUCCGCGUGAGAUUGGUCCGUGAGAACGAUCCCUUCGAGUGGGAUGUGGGCGUCUACGGGCCCCCAAACACCUUUUACCAUGGGGCGUAUCUGAAGGCCACGAUGCGGUUCCCCUUCAACUAUCCGAUGCAGGCGCCGGAAUUUCACUUCCGCACAACGAUGUUCCACCCGAACGUGUUUGCCAAUGGCAUGGUCUACAUGUCGAUUCUCUACGAUGGCACCUGGUUCCCCACGAUGAGUGCCAGCAACGUGAUGCUUUCGGUGGUGUCGCUCUUGACGGGCCCCGACACCGAUUGGCCGUGCAACAUGGACGCUGCUUAUCUGUACAAUCGAUUUCGCAAUUCGCACGGCAAGGACACGGCCUACUUGGAUCGUUUGGCUCUUCAGAAGACCGAAUGGAAGGAGAUGGCACUGCUCGAUGAUGUUGUUAUUCCUGACACCGUCGAGGAGUACUGUCGCACCGCUAUUGUCGAGGAAGAACUCGUUGAUGAAGAGUUUACCUUGGGCGGGCUCUACGAUUGGAGCGAGUACAGCUCUGCUUCGGAGGCUGAAGAGAAUGAGACUGACGAUUGAAAAUAUCUCCACACACGCUGCUCGUCACUCGGCAGACGGCACUCAGAAUAUGAAUACAUCAUUGACACAACAUAUUUCUGGGGUUUUUGCACAUUAAAGACACAAAACACACUCAGACAUCUACAAAUUACUGGUGUAACAAGCAGACACACCCCACACAAAUAUACAAGACAGCGAAUGAAAAACUCAAUGGAAAAUAAAUCCAGCAAAACUAAAACCA